GAGUAGUGUUCAAUUUUGACACGGUCAUUCGUUUUCAUCUGCUGUCACUCUCGGUUGUCUGGGGUGAAGGGUCAAAAUGGUGAAUCAUCGAGCUCCCUUGGUACAAAGGAAGGUAUGCGUCGCACCUCGACGCCCCUUCGAGAAAGCUCGCUUAGAUCAAGAGCUGAAGUUAAUUGGUGAAUAUGGGCUUCGCAACAAGAGGGAAGUGUGGAGAGUGAAGUACACUUUAGCCAAGAUCCGUAAAGCUGCAAGAGAGUUGCUCACUCUUGAUGAGAAGGAUGGCAAACGUUUAUUUGAAGGUAACGCCCUUCUUCGUCGCUUGGUCCGCAUCGGUGUGUUAGAAGAAGGACGCAUGAAGCUCGAUUACGUGCUCAGCUUGAAGGUUGAAGACUUUUUGGAGCGUCGCCUGCAGACCCAAGUUUUCAAAUUGGGUUUGGCUAAAUCGAUUCACCACGCCCGUGUUCUCAUCCGCCAGCGACACAUUCGUGUCCGCAAGCAGUUGGUCAACAUUCCCAGUUUCAUCGUCCGUCUGGAUUCGCAGAAACACAUCGACUUUGCCCUCCGGUCGCCGUUCGGUGGCGGCCGUGCUGGUCGUGUCAAGAGGAAAAACUUGAAGAAGGGCACGGAUGGCGGAGAUGCUGGUGAAGAGGAUGACGAGUAGAUUGUUCGCCCUCUUGUUUUUAUUCGAGCCUCUUAAUUGUGUAUCUGUUAUCAGUAAUACAAUUUGUGCGCGAAAA